GUGGUCAAAGUCAAAGAAGAGUCUGAGGGGACACCAAGUGUGGAGUCCUUCAUUGGUGAUGUGAUGAAGAAGGACAAAGCAGUGCUGGUCAGCCUGUGGGAGGUGCUGGCUGAAGAGUUUGUGAGACGUCCUUCACCAAAUGUGAAAGGAAUCCUGGAUGAGGUGACCGAGUGGGGUCCGGCUCUCUUGAAGGAGAUCCAGGCGAGCACCCAGUCACCUCAACUUGAGCCUCAUUUUAAAGACCUCCAUGAGACACACAGAGUCAGCGUGUCUGAAUCCACAAGACCUCUGCAUGAUCAUCGCCCAUCUGGAGAUCCACUCACUAGUCCAGUGGGCCUUGAAAAUCAAUACACGGAGCUGAUGGUCAUCAAACAGGACAUUAAAGAUGAACUGGCAAAGGCUGGGAAAACUCAGGAAAGACUUGAGGAAGAGGGAGCAACAAAGAACUGUGAGCGAGUCUGGACUGAGCAGCUGUUUAAGAAAAGACUUAAAAGUAAAACACCCCCUAAAAUUGUAGUGGUCAGUGGGGUGGCGGGCAUUGGGAAGACCACCAUGGUCCAGAAGAUCAUGUCUGACUGGGGCAGAGGCACUCAGUACCAGAGGUUUGCCUUUGUGUUCCUGUUUAAAUUCAGGGAGCUCAGCCUCCUGGACAACGAGCCACAAAUGUCUCUGACUGAACUGAUUGAAAGGCGCUAUAAACAUCUCACUCAUGAUAAACUCAUAGAAAUUCUGAAGAAACCUGAAUCUCUGCUCUUCAUACUUGAUGGGCUGGAGGAAUACAAACACAAACUGAACUUCACAGAUAGUCAGCUCUGCUCAGACCCAGAUGAUGAGGUGCCAGUCCACAUCCUGGUCACCAGACUGGUCAGUCAGAAAUUACUGAAGGGCUGCUCAGUCCUGAUCACAAGCAGACCACCAGCUCUGGGGUCUCUGGACAUGAAGAGAGUUGAUGGAUUUGUAGAAGUUGUAGGAUUCUUCCCUGAACAAAGACUGGUGUACUUUAAGAAGUUCUUUGGUGACACUGAUGUGGGCACCAAGGCUUUUCAGUGCAUGGAGGGUAACACCAUCUUGUACUCCAUGUGUGUCAGCCCCUCGUACUGCUGGAUUAUCUGCUCUGCACUGAACAGCCACUUCAUGACACCUGAAGAUGUGCGAGGAGCUGCCCCGAGAAGUGUCACUGAGAUCUUUGUGAUGUUCCUUUACAACAUCCUGACCAAUCACAGGCAAGAAGAUGAGGACCAAAGGAGGAUUCUGAUCAGUCUGGGAAAGAUGGCUUAUUAUGGGGUGGACAACAAGACUCAUGUGUUUAAUGAGAAACAGGAGAUGUCCACCUUUGGUCUCCAGCCAGUCCUGUCCUCUUCAUUCCUCUCUGGCUUUCUGCACAGACAAAGCACUCAGGAGCACACGACGUACACCUUCUACCACUUCACCCUGCAGGAAUUCAUGGCCUGCUCCUUCUACCUCGAUCCAUCAGGGGGUGUCGAGGAGCUGCUGAAGAAGCGAAACUCGUGUAAAGAUGGCCAAUUUGAGAUGGUCACUCGAUUCCUGGCAGGACUGGCUUGGUGUCCUGUGCUUAAAACAGUGGAGGGAAUCCUGGGGGAGUUUGAGGGGACGACCACACAGCGGAUACAGAAGUGGUUGAGGCAAAAACCUAAACAGAUGGUACGAGGGGGAGAUCAAAGUGAAGCUCUGCAAGUUUGUCACUGGCUCUAUGAGACUCAGAUUGAGGAGGUAAUCAGAGACGCCAUUGGGGAGAACUUAAAGAUGAGCUUUAUCGGUAUGACUUUAUCUCCUCUGGACUGUGCUGUGCUGGCCUCUGUCAUCAGCUGCUGUGGAGAACUUCAGGAACUUGACCUGUCAUACACACCUCUGACCCCCGAGUGCAUCAGGAGACUGGCAAAGGGACUCAGCUGCUGCAGUAAAGUCUGCAGAGGAGAGCAGCACAAGUGCAUCAUGGGACUGAAUGGCUUGUGUGACCGUGACAGGCUCAGGGAGUUCAGCCUCUUGAGUCUCGAGCAGAGGACGCUGAGUGGGGACCUCGUUGGGGUCUUCUGA